CGGUAGGAUUCGCUGUAGUCUUGGCCAGUCGUAUUGGGAGAGACAGAGUACUGACAGUUGGGUAAUAUUGGGUCAAAUAAUGUUCAAAGUGGCUGUUGUAGGUCAUAGCCAGGUACCACGUAGGUUUGAUGUGGAAGUGGAGAAUUCAGAAGUAAGGAUAUAUCGUGCAGGAGGAGCAAGAGCUAGGAAUUUCUUUAAUGACGAGAGAUUGAAUCACGUCUUGGUAUGGAGACAUGACCUCACUUUCCUCUGGUUAGGAAGCAACGACAUCAAUCCUAAUACACAGCCUCGUGAAUUAACAGAUACAAUUCUGAACAUUGGCAAAGAAAUUGAACGAAAUUGCGGUUCGAAGGUUAUUUUGGUAGAAAUAGAAAAUAGACAGUAUCCAUCAAGCAGGCAGAAGGGUUGUUUUAUUGGCCUACUAUUAAGUCGGAUGUAAUACAGUAUCUUAAAGAGUGUCUAAACUGCCAAAAAUUCAAACACAACCGAGGAAUGUCACAGCCAUACCGAGAGUUACCUAUAGUGUCACAGCCAUUGGAGAGGAUUGCUAUUGAUCUCACUGACAUGACCAAUGGACAGGAGGGUCAAAGGUAUAUCCUCACCAUCAUAGAUCACUUCUCUAGGUAUGUAAAAUUUUAUCCUCUAAAAACAAAACAUGCUCAGGGUAUAGUAGCUAAGCUUUCCCAAUACAUCUCUGACUUUGGCCGGCCACUCUCCAUCCUGUGUGACAAUGCCUUGGAGUUCACGGGACGAGAACUAAGAACCUGGGCUGGUCUUCAUGGGAUAGAACUGCUCUACACCACUCCCUAUCACCCCCAGUCAAACGGACUCAUCGAGAGAAUGCACCGGACCCUGAAGACCGUGCUGUCCCAAAUGUGCAAGGGUUACCCUUUAAGGUGGCCCGCCCUUCUCAGUGAAUGUCAGUCACACAUGAAUCUGGCAGUACAUAGCAGCACUGGGGUCUCUCCAUAUGUAGCAUUCUUCGCAAGACAGCCACCUCGUUUCGUCACGGCGCCUCUCCUGACGGUGCAGUCUGAAGAUAGUGACGUUCAGCAACUUAAGCGCAUGAUUAAAGACGCUAGUGUGACGUCACAGAGGAGGUACCGUGCAGUGGCGAACAGAAAACGACGUGAUGAAAAGGUCUCAGUUGGGUCCUUGGUGUGGGUGAAAUCAGAAACUCCGUUGCCUGGUACCUCUACCAAAUUGAAUGCUAAGUGGAAAGGACCAUAUCGAGUGAGUGAGGUAAUCAGGGACGGUCAACUGUAUGUAGUGGAGGACCCCUAUUCUGGGAAGUUAGUACAAAGAGCAGCAGAAAAGGUGAAACCGUAUGUGAGCCGGAGUGAAAUUAUUCCGGAGUUGGAGGGGAACUAAUCAGACAGAUGUGUUGAGGAGGAGGAGGAGGAGGAUCAAGACCUCCCUCCCCGCCGCCGUCGACCUCCCAGACGUCUUAUUGAGGAGUGCUAAUGUGAUGCACGAACUCAGGAGUGAGGAGAAGUGAACAGUGUUAUAAUGUAUAGGAUGUGAGGGUUAGGAAUGAAGUGAGUUAAGAGCAGGAAAUCCUCAUCCGUCACAAGAGUUCGAAGGUCAGUGACACUGUCUCAGCCACAAAUAGAGUGGGGCAUUUCGGGAAAGUCGUCCCCAAAUUCUCAUCGUGUCAAAACAGUUCAUACCAGAUGGUAGCUUAUGUGUUUCAGUUCGGGGAAGUGUACCCCAUUCUUGUGGGCUUUAGUUCGAGAAGUGAGGUUUCCAGGGAACGUCGUACUUGGUUACUUCCUCCUGUUGAGUCAGUGUCAGCUGUUUAGUAGACCUUAUGUAUGGAUAGGAUAGGGAAAGUGUAUAGGUAGGAUUUUGCAUGUAUUCUUCACCGUGAGUUUAACUCUGGGAGAAUGGGCGUGUGUAACGCUCCUUUUUAUUAUUUCUGUGUUUGUUUGAGUCUCCCCAAUAAUUGUUUUCUUUUGUAGCUUGCGGUGAAGAGGAGGAUAAUAGCGGUAAUUAAAGGUUUAGUGAUUAUAUGAAAAAGUAUAUUUAUAAGGCGUGUAUUCGUGGGAGUGAUUUAGAAGUCUUGACACAUUUGUUAUAAAUAGUCUUUACUUAUUUCAACUGUGGUUUUCUCUAAUCAGUGGUAAUACGAAUAAUAGGAUUACAUUAUGUUGCGUCAGCCUACCAGUAACUCAUAAGGUGUCAUUCCCUAGCUUAUAAAAUAUGUUAGUAAUUUAGAAUUCAAUUAUUAACUUCAAGUAAUGUCCAGCCUAUAUGCUCACCUUGCUAGCCAAUUAUUCCUGCAUUUUUAUUUAAACUCACGGUUCAGUAAAAUUAUUUGUGAAAGAAGAGAGAGAGAGAACUAGCUAAGGUUCCAAUAACUUCAGAGGCCUGGGGGUGUUGAGGGGGAGAGCACAGAAUGGCGUCUCCCUUCCCUCUGGCAACAGAUAAAAUAGCCGGUGUUGGUCCCACGUGGAGACAGGCCACAGAGUCUUGGGAAAGUGUUAGCCAUGUAAUGUUUCUUUAGUCAAAUAUAGUCUACUGUGAAUGUGUUGUGAGCAAUAUUAUUGCCGUAGAGAAGUGAUGGAUGAAGGCUGUGACGCUAUUUAGGGAUAUAACGGUGCCCAGAAUCAAUGGUACUCUUGAGGAGUUAUAAAAGUAAUUAUUUUCUUGUGUAUUCGUAGUGUUAAGUAACGGAGUAUAAGUGUAUAUGCCAUACCAGAAUUUCAAGUGCCUUUUUUUUUUUUUUUUUUCUAGAUUAACCACUCGAUAAAGUGUCAUAGUGGGUCAGUCAACCCAAAGAAUCCCAUCAGUAUUAUUCAUUUAAUUAUUUUUUGCUAUUUCUAUAUUUUUCGUUCCUCAUAAUAAAGCCACACUGUAGGUACUGUGUGAUAAUUAACCUCUCCCUACCCUCUGGCCAUGACGAUGAAGGCGAGAACCAUUUCCAAUCAAAAAUGUUUUUUUUUUUUUUUUUCUUGUGUGUGUGCGUGCUUCACCUCUUCUCUCUUCCUCUUCUUUUUUUUCU